UUAAAACGAACUCGCCCACUUUAUAAACAACCAAAUUACAGCGCUCAGAGGAUAAAUCGGCUGCUCCGCCCAAAUCUCAAUUAGACUACGCUCCACCAACUACAGAAACUGGUGUGGAAAGCAGUUCGUUUGGAGUGAAACAACCAUCGGAAAGUUGUCCGAAAAAGACUUUCAGAACACAGCAAGGCAACUAAAGGAGCGCAGUGUCAUUCUCGUAACCGAAUUGUCCAGGUAACCUCAAAAUUCUCCGGACAUCAUACAUCUUUGUUUAUAAAUCUGCAGAUAGGUGGAAACUAUCCUAUCAACAUGUUUAAUUCCCUCCAGGCGGGUUGGGAGGACAGGGAAGCCACGAUGGUGAAUCUGAAAAACGUAUCUCUUCCAAGUGAAGGAAUACGGUGCAAUCAAGGUGAAAUCACCGCUGUUUGGAAUGGUGAAGUACUGGGACCAGGGACUCUGUACAUUGCAGAAACAUGUGUAUCAUGGUUCGAUGGGUCUGGAAUGGGGUUUUCUUUGAAAUACCCGUCAAUCAGCCUCCAUGCAAUCUCACGCGACUUUACUGCGUACCCAGGAGAGCACCUGUACGUCAUGGUCAACACCAAACUCAACGAUAACUGUGAGAAGUGUGCGGAGGAAGAGGAUAAUGAGAGUACUGAUGACUGCAACGCGGAUUCCAUAAGUCCUGUUACAGAGAUCCGUUUUGUGCCCAGUGAUAAGGCUACCUUGGAGCCCAUGUUCUCAGCCAUCUCUGAAUGCCAGGCCCUCCACCCUGACCCUGAAGACUCCGACUCUGACUUUGAGGGAGAUGAGUACGAUGUUGAAGAAGCUGAACAGGGUCAGAUAGACCUGCCCACAUUUUACAACUUUGAGGAGGGUCUGUCCCAGCUCACCCUGGAGGGCCAGGCCACCCUGGAAAGACUGGAGGGGAUGCUGGCCGACUCUGCAUCCCAGAAACACCACUGCAUGGCCGGGGUCAGGCCCGAGGACACCCCAACGGGAUGCUGCAAUGAGUGUGGUGCAGUAGGGGUCUCAGGACAGUUUGAAGAUGCCGACGUUGAUCAUUGAUGGAACAGAGGCCCUUGUUCGCACCCUCCUGACCGAAAGCUUUUUGAAAGCGGGGGUAUUAGGGUGGAAUUGAAGUGUGGGGGGGCCUAAAGGUCUGAUUGCGUAACACAGAUGCAAGCAGAGCCAAGGCACUGGGUCUCUGAAUGAGUUCAGAUAAAUAAUUUUAAGUCUCACCCGGCUAAUCUCUACUGGCAGGUCACGAUAGGCCUCGAAGUCUGGAGGACUAAAGCGAAUAACAACUCACUUUUUUGUGAAACGUUUCCAUUUUUGUUACUGAAAGAAUAGACCAGCCAGCAGAUUUAUUUUGAGCUUUGUAUGUUCAAAUAAUAAAACGUGGUUUUGUAUAAAGCAAA